GUUUAGUGCGCCGCGAGAGCGCGAACCGCGUGUUUAUUUCACGCCGGAGUGUGAUAUCACACCGUGAUCUCCAGUCCAGUUCCAAAAAUCUCCGGAGAAAACGAAAAAUGAAAAGUGUCGCGAACAAGUGCCGUAGAGUUCAAAGGUGCUGAUGAAAUAAAAAAUAAAAAAAAAUAAAAAAAAAACACAGUCGGCGAUUAAAGACUUAAGGAAUUUCUGCAAGAUGAUUAUUAACAAACGAUCUCUCUGCGAUAAAAAUCAUUAACACACUCAGUGAUCUCUAGGCAAAAGAAAAAAAAAUGGAUCUCCGAGUUUGUUAAUUGAUCCAACAUGAUUAACAAGAGAACAAUGAGCGGAAUAGUUGACCGCCAACAAACGAUACUUAAUAUCGAACUUAUUAAUCAGUGGUUACCAAUAUCAACGACAUUAAUAUCGAAAGAUGCUUCAAAGAACUGCUUUCUGGGGAAUAAACCGCUCUCCAAAUCAAGAUAUAGAAACCUAUCUCAAUCUCUCUCUUUCUUUCUCUCUCUCUCUCUCUUUCUCUUUCUCUCCCUCGAAUCUUGGAAAUCGUUUGACUCACCACAUACACAGUGAAUGUGUGUGUGCGAGAAAUGGUCUGCGAGUGGACUCGAGUGGUACAAAUCGAUGAUUAGCGUGUGUUUGCGAACAAUAUCAAGACGCCGCGUAAACUCUUCCCUCGGGGAAAACAGAGUGACUCAUAUCGAUGUACAAUAUUUUCGGACGUACAAGAUCUUCACGAACAAAUGUUCUUGAAAUUUUCAAGACAAGUGAAUCAGUAAUCAGGAUCUUUCGGCUCUCGCUGUUGAUGGAUAAACUUGCGACCUGCUUUGACAUCGUGAAGCGAAGCGACGCCGAACCACAUUCACUUUUGUAUUAUCAUGCAAACGGCCACGCGAUUAGAUAUGACUGGAUACUGAGAGUGUGCCAGGUGACGCAUCAAGUUGCAACGCGAAUGGUCCUAGUGCAAGCUGGGAGUCUGUGCGGUCUGAUGUUGAAUUUUGCUUAAAGUGAUUUCAAAUACGCGCGCAACAGUUCUUCUUUUUUUCAUUUUCAAAACGCGUUGCGCUUAAUCGCGUUCACGAUAAAAUGUGCGCGCGAACGACUCAUCCGCAAAUUUCCCACCGAAGAUGUAACUCCCAUAUGGAGAUGCGUUAAUUAAAGUUUACAGACUUCCGAAGCUGCUGCGACAGAAGAUUCGGAUGGCAAAGCGGCUCGCGGUUCGCCGUAAAACAGCGAUUCACCGUAAAAGCGUUUAUGCGGAACUCUCUUUCGACGAAGAUGCGAAGACGAUAAAAACCGAUCCGAUUCUCUUCAUGAAACAUGAUCGAAGAUAAUACACAGAGUAAGAUAAAUCGAGUGUAGCGAGGAUUGACGUUAUGGUGCCUGAGCUCGCUCCGAGAUCUUUCGACUUCAAAAGACGGCACCAGCUCGAGUCGUCAAAUCGAUAUCUGAUAACAAAGUUGCCGAAUUCGAAAAACGCGAAGUUUCGAUCGAAAUUGAAGCCAAGCAGAAGAACGAACCGAAGACGAACGAGGACCAACUCGCGGGGGUUGAAGAUGGUAACGUGAAGUGGCAGUGGGAUCGAAGAUUAGGUAUUGGAAUAUCGGAAGAAUAAGUAAAAAAUUCGCAAGACUGAACGAUGGAAAUAAGCUCCACCGACAGCUACGAUGUUGGCCAGUUCGCGCAGAACUUCAGCAUCGAAAACGUCAGCAGUUUGCCGAUCGAGUGCAAACAGCUGGUCAACUUCAAUGGCUUAUCUGACUUUAUCGUCUACGGCGUACUUAUGAACUUGAUCGGUCUUUUUGGGAUCUUCGGCAAUACCAUCUCAAUGAUCAUCCUGUCGCGGCCGCAGAUGAAAUCGUCCAUUAAUUACUUGCUGAUCGGACUGGCCAGAUGCGACACAGCACUGAUCAUCAUCUCGGUAUUGAUCUACGGGUUGCCAGCCAUCUACACGUACACGGGUUUACUGUUCAACUACAAGUUCUUUGUCUACCCGAAAAUCAUCGGGUACCUGUACCCAUUGUCCUGCAUAGCGCAAUUCGUUACGGUGUACCUGACGGUGACGGUGUCGUUGGAAAGGUACAUCGCGGUCUGCCAUCCGCUAAAAGCAAGAUCUUUCUGCACUUACGGACGGGCUCAAGUGGCAGUGUUGGUUAUAGUAAUCUUCGCUUUUCUUUACAAUCUAAUCAAAUUUUGGGAAAUUGAAAAAUUCUCCGAAAAUCAUUGGAAGUAUAACAUCACGAUAUACUGCGUUCAGCCGACCACGUUGAGAGGCAACGAGUAUUACAUUACCAUUUACAUACACUGGCUGUACUUCUUCUUUUACUACAUGUUGCCGUUCGCCGCGCUGCUGAUUUUCAACGUGGCCAUUUACCGACGGGUCAGAAAAGCGAACAGGGAUCUCCAGGAGCUGUCGCGUCAUCAGCGUCGUGAAAUCGGUCUGGCGACGAUGCUGCUGUGCGUGGUGGUGGUGUUCCUGAUCUGCAACGUUCUGCCGCUGGUCUCGAACAUCUACGAGAACUUCAUCGAAGAUCCGCCAAAUUGGAUGGUGCAGACAGGCAAUCUCCUGGUGACCAUUAACAGCAGUAUUAACUUCAUCAUUUACGUGAUCUUCGGCCGGAAAUUCAAGAAGAUAUUCCUCAAGCUGUUUUGCUCGUCCAAGCUGUUCGGACCUGGCCGUGACAGUCCGGAAUUUCAGAAUUACGACGAAUCGAUCGUCACCAACACGACGAACAUCGAGCUGAGGAACUCGGUCAGACGCGGUCAUCUUCAUCGCGCCAACACCAUAAGUUACAACAACAACAUUCACGUGUCCAACGGCAGCACCAGACAGAGCGUGAAGAGCAGCAGUCCCGGAACCAGCGUUUAUUAUCCGCCAAGAAGUCCCAGUCAGAUGUCGAGGGCGUCGAACGGUCGGAGGAACAGCUGGGCCAGAAAAGAAAAUGGCGAUUCCACGCUGUAGUGAACAGUAAUUGAUGUUCUUAUCGUUUACAUAAUGUAAGGAUCACAACUAAUUGUUUUUUCGUCAAAUAUCAAGAAUUUCUAAUGAUUCGCACCGACGGAAGAAUCAAGAAACUGAUUUAUUACCGCAACGCUGAAUAAGUGUCAUUAUUUUUUACAUUUGUUAUCUCGCAAAAUAAAAAGAAUCAGGUUGCUUCGACCGGUGAGAUCGAGAUUUUUUUUGGUUGGUCAAAACAUGAAGAAUAAUAACGAUGUUUCACGCAGCAAUGUCUAUAAUAAAUAAAACAAAAAACUGUUUUUUAUGUACCAUUUGUGAUUAAUAAUUCACCAGGGAGUAAAAUAUCGGGGAAAGUAUCGAAAGGAAUGAAUGUGAGAAAUGUGAUUUAUAUAUAGGGAACAAUGCUACUGAGACAGGCGCCGCUAUUCAACGCUGAAUUAUUUAUUGUUGAGAAUCUCAUCUAGUUAGUUUGAGCAAGAAGAAAUACGGAAGAAAUAGAACGGACGAAUAACCAUUCCGCGUCACAAUGGGCAGCCAAUGACUGUAUUCCUUCCGUUUAUUAUCCAGUCCAGGAAAAACUUUCUCCUUAUCGAGAAUCCCUUAUCUGAGAGAUUUCGCAAGUUGAAAAGAAAGACUUUAAAAAAAAGUAAUACGCUCAUUUGAUACGAUCUUAAUGUUUUCCAUCUUUCUUCGAGAGCCGGCUUUGAUAAUUCCGAUAAAUUGUGCCAAGGAGGAUGUCGCCGGUGUGCGGUUCCAAAAUGAAACGAUACAAAAACAAGAUUCUCCGCUGCGGCGAACACUCGAUAUUAUUGUUCCCUCGGGAAUAACUCGGACCAAUUCUCUCCUCGUGUGCUCAGACGUCGCGAUCCCGUGGGACAGCGUGACGAGAAAAAGACUCGUUAAGGAUAAGUCUUUUGCGUUUCCUGCUGCGCGAGAGAGUUCGGAAAAGCAAGGUUUCUUGCGGCGAGACGACUUUUCAAAUAAUUCUUGAAGAAGUUUCCGUAUUGCCUCGAAGAUGCUCUAGCCGAGCAAUCAAGAAAAGAAAUCGACGUUACGUGUCGCUACACAACAUUUUCAGAAGAACACUCGAAGAGAAGACGCUCGGCUGGAUCGCUCUCGCGUAGUGCUUCCGCUGUCCGCGCAAUCAUUUUUUUCACUGUCAUUCAAAAAACUAAGUAACAAAUUACAAAAAAAAAAAAUAAAGUAAGGAAGAUUGCUUCUUGUUAUAGUUAUAAAAAGACAUAAAAAAAAGUGUAUCAAAAAUACAUUGUACAAUAGAAUCUCAAAAAUCAAAUCAGAACUCCGUUGCAAAAAAAAUGAUAACAAUUCUACUCAAAACAAAAAUUCCAUUAGAUAUCCGUUGAACGUCAACAGCUCCAUGCGAUAUCUAAUAGAUGUCUAAUAGAGUUUUUGUUCUGUGUGAAAUAUUAGUUAACAUAAUAGAAGAAAAUUAAAAAAAAAUAUAUAUAUAUACGUAGAUCACAAAAUCAAUUUUACUGGGAUAGUAAGUACGUUACAAACACGGGAUGACGAAAGAUAAUCGCGAGACGCAAAAAAAGUGAAAUUUAAUCAAACUUAAAUUGCGCAACAAUGUUACGUUAUAUUUUCGCAAAAACGCAGAGUUUUAAUUCAAUAAAAGAGUCUUCUUACUUCUUUCUUCAAUCGCACAAACUUGUGUCCGACUGUCAGUUCAGCUUCACUGAAACAAAGUUAUACACAAAAAGAUGAGUUAAGAAGUAAUUCGCUAAGUUGGACUAGACGAUUUCAUGAACUUCUGGCAUUUCUGUCGGUCACGUAGUCGAGAAGACAAAUCGGAUUUCGCCAAAGUCAAAAAAAAAAAAAGUACAGAAGUCAACAGACAUUCCCCCGAGGGUAUUUUUGCUCUCUUGAAGAUCUUGUGUUCUGCGUAUGCGCACACUUGCAUUGUUGCUCCGCGAAAAUUGUGUAUUCAAGACAUGAUGUUUGUUUCCUAAGAGAGAGAGAGAGAGAGUUCCGGUUUCUGUAAUCGUUAACGCGAGAUUAAACAACAAUCGGUUAAAACGAUCCAUCUUUUUCAACGGCGUGUUUCUCGAACAAACCGGAAAAUUUGUGAUGGCUAUUUUAUUAAACAAUAUACACAAAUCAAACGAAAAAAAAAAACUGGAGUUUUUAUAUUUUUCUGAACUUCUUACUUUUUUAUAAGUUUCUUUGUGCGAAGAGCGAAGGAUCAACGAGUAAUACAAUUGUACAUAUUUUUAUUCGAAUCAUAAAAUCACGGAAAAAGAUAUAUUAUUAAGGCAACAUUGAAAAAACCAAAUAUACUAAAAAAAAAACAAAAAAACAAAAAACAAAAAAAAAACGAUGUAGACACUGUCGUCAGACAUCACAGAAUACGUAAGUGUUAAUCUAAAUUCCACUAAUAAAACGUAAUGUAAUAUCGAACUGCAAACAUUACAUUUAUCACACGGGUAAGCAAAUAUACGAUACGUAUACAUUAUUUUAAGAAAAUAAAAAGUCAUUCAAAAAUUUAGAUUGUAUUAUAUAUAAGAACCGCGUAUAUAAACAUAUAUAUAGAUUUACAUUUACGAAUUACACUGAAUACGAAUAUGUGUUCGAAUAUAUAUUCGACCUCAAAUACUUCUCUUCUGCUGUGAAAAAUAAUUUAAAAUUAUUUGAGCUCGUCUGAUGCUCUUUAUGCGAUAUGAAAAUUAUACCAAUAAUCGCAGACUGUCUAAUUCAGCGUUUCUAUAUUGUAAUUCUCCGUGAUAGUUAAUAAUAUAAAAAUAAGACUUUGUCAACUGUCCGGCUUGUAUGUGACGAUGGCUUCUGUCAUCACUGAAAAAUACAUAAAAUACCUAUAAAAUUAUCCUCUAGAUAAUGUUUGUAGCAAAACUCCGAAAAAAAAGACACAUUCAUUAGAUGUUCAUUAUAUACGUUCAAAUAAAGUCACAUGGAUAAUUAAUGAACAUGGACGUCUAAUGAACAGUAAUGUCCUGUGGAUCCCGACGUUUGAUAGUCAAGGGAUAUCAAUUGUUUAUCAGAAGAAUAACACAAUCAUGUACGUGCGACUCUGUUAUUUAGAUUUAUAGAUAUUUUACAUUUCUCAGUGAUGGAAGGCAUUUUCACACAAGCUCGUGUAUAUACACAAAAGCUACAAUUCGCCUCGCUAUUGCGUGUGACCUUGUCAUGAGACUCGCGUGAUUUUUCCUGAUAUAUCUUGAAAAAAUUAUUACAUACUUAUACAUAUAUAUUAUAAAUUAUUACAUACUUGUAGAGAAAAACUAGAUAGAUAAAUAGAUAUAUUCUUGCUGAAGAAAAAAAAAAAAGAAAAACAUUAGAUAUAAGCACAGAGGGAAACAAAACGCUCUCGUAGGUAGGUAGGUAUUGACAAAAGAUGAGAUUCAUCAUUCUAGUCAUAAAAUUUCUAUCGAGCUCAUUUACUAUGUGUGUAUUCGUAUUAUAAGUACUGACACAUAUGUAUAUAUUAUGUAAGUAUUAUAUAAGAAUCUACUAUCUUGCAAUUAUUUAUCAUACUCUAUUCGCUAUUUCAAUAUAUUUUUAUGUACAACUUAGAGAUAUCUCAUCGAGUAUGAUGAUAGUCAAUGGCUAAGAAAAAAGGCACUAAUUCAAAUAAUAUAAAUGAAAAAACCAUUAAUCUGAUUAUUCUGGAACACGUUUAUAUAUAUUCUAUCAAAAGAUCAUCGAAGAAAAGAAAUUGAUAAAAAUGUGUUUUUGCCACAUUUUCAAUUUUGUUUGUAAAAUAUCAAAGUUGAAGUUAUUGAAAUUCAUGUUCUUUUUCUCUUACACACAUAUUCAUUAAAUAAAUAAAUAAAGCAAAACUACUUUCUUUAUAAAACUAUAAUUCUUGAAAACCUAUAAUCCGUGAAAAAAACACAUUUACACAAUUGUGAAUUUUUUACAAAGAGUGCUAUAACGGUUUUUUAAUACAAAAAAUAUAUAUAUACAUAAUUCUUGAAUUAGGUCUUUAUUCUGGCCAGUGUCUCUGUUUCAUCGCUGCCAAAGCAUAUCGUACAAAUCAAUUCCAUAAACUAGCUCUUUAAUUUAACGCAGCUGAAAUCAUAUAUUGUCACCAAUGUAAAUGUACCUCCUCUCUACAGAACUUCAAAUGUGCUUUGAAUAAAUUUUGUUUGUAUAUAAAAUAAAUUUAAACACAAUCAA